ACCGAGACAUUGUGUGUGACCGUUUACGUGAGUGACCGAGAUGACGUAUCGGUGACUGCAUGUGACACCAUGAGUUUGGGGGUCCCUGAGACACUAUUUGGAGGACUGUGACAUUGAGAGACCAUGUGUGAGCAAGAGGUCGUGUGUGACAGUGUGCAAUAUGGUGAGGAUGGGAGAGUUGUGUGUGUCCAUGGGGAGAGGGUGUGUGAGAGACGGCAAGAAUGAAUGAGAAUGGCCCACCAAGUAAUGGCGUGAGAAGCAGUGAGAGACUUGUGGGGAGGGAAGCUGAGUGUGAAUGACCUUGUGAGUGUGCGACAAGGGUGUGUCAGUCACAGUGAUGACGUGUGAGAUGCUGGGUGUGAGUGUGUGUCACACAGGUCGUGUGGGGCCCUGAGAGACUGGCAGAGUGUCAUGGCAGUGCGUUAGAGAAUGUGCAACUGUCCAGGGCGCUCAGAUGAGCAUGCAAGGAAAACUGCCUGGGUGUAAGCUGUGACACCAGGAGGCUGCGGUAUGAGGGCAGCACGUGUGUGUGAUACAGAUUGUGUGAGGCUCAGCAAGACAUCUUGAGAGGUUGCGUGUGGUCCUGUGUGGAACUGCGCGUGUGUGUCUCUACACCUGACGCUCAGAGGUUGUCCCUCUGACUGUGGUUGUGUAAGAUGUCACUGGUGGUGAUGGGCCUCUCAGAGAGAUCGUGAGGGACCGUGUGACAUGACUGUGGCGCCGCGAAAGGUUAGGGUGGUUCAGGAGACUAUACGCAGCAUCAUGUGAGGCAUCUCUGCGAGGGACUGUGAGUGUGACUCUGUGUGCUGAGAGGGCAUUAUUUGGGGUGGGGUGUCACGGAGGUUGUGGGUGUGACAGGGUGGCCGAGCGUAUGUAAUGGAGUGUGAGGCUGUGUGAACGCACAGGAGAGAUUUGGAUGACUGUGGAAUAAAUGCGGCAGAGUGGGGUGGGGGGGGGGCUCAUCCUAAGACUCUUUUCCUGUGAGUGUGUGUGUGUGUGUGUGAGUGUGACGGAGAUAGAGACAGAGAUUGAAAAGGGAGACUGACACAGAGAGAGAGAGAAAGGGAGAGAGAGACGGACACACAAAGACGAAGAGAGACGGACAGAUGUAAUGAGAGGACCCAGAGAGACAGGACGCGAGGGUGAGGGGCAUGCUGGUGGCGGUAGCAGGAGGAGGCGGGUCCUCAGGGGCUGUGCCCCAGGAGAGGGGGCGGGGCAGAACCGAGGUGGGUACAGACGCUGUGUCUCUGCCACCCGCCUGCCUUCCCAGCCCUGAGCAGCAACAGGUACCCCAUCUGUGCACCCCUCCAAGCGUUCUCUUGGCCCUCUCGUCCCUGUUCCUAGGUCCCCCUUUCGGCCGGCUUCUUGGCCCCCCAUCUGCGCAGAUCUCCAUCGCUCCCCUUUCCUUCUGUUUUCCUGUCUCUUCCUCCACUCUGGGCACCGCAUCGGUGAGCCCUUCCACGCACGCCCCUAUUAGUGGGUUCCACCGCCACCGCCAACCCUAUCUGGGGACCCACCUUUGCCCUAGCCUACUCCUUCGCCCCCACUCCCACCGGCUUUUAACCUUUCCCCGCCGCAGCCAUGUCCAACAACAUGGCCAAGAUCGCGGAGGCCCGGAAGACCGUGGAGCAGCUGAAGCUGGAGGUGAACACCGACCGCAUGAAGGUGUCGCAGGCAGCGGCUGAGCUCCUGGCCUUCUGCGAGACUCACGCCAAAGAUGACCCGCUGGUGACGCCGGUACCCGCCGCAGAGAACCCCUUCCGAGACAAGCGCCUCUUCUGCGUCCUGCUCUGAGCCCUCCCGACCCCCCCUACCCCGUCAAAAUAUGAAUCCAAUAAACGUGGUGACUGCGGGGGUGCCUGUGCUCUCGGGGAAACUGAGGCACAUGCAGAACCUGGGGCCACCAUGGAGG